AUGAUAUCCUGCGACGCAUUUCACGCGGACAAAGACUCUUUCGAUCUCGGCUUUGAGCACACCCGAAACUACGAACAGAUCGGCUGUAACACAUAUCACUACCUCCUUUCGAAACCGUCCGGUACACCGAAGGGCACAGUCGUGCUAUUGCAUGGCUUUCCUGACUUAUCAUUUGGUUGGCGAUACCAGAUCCCCUACUUGACAUCCAUUGGGUAUCAGGUUGUUGCUCCCGACAUGCUUGGGUAUGGCCGAACCAACGCGCCUCUGAGCUUGGGCAAGUACUCGCUACGAAGCAUGUCUGAUGACCUCGUUGAGUUAAUCCAGCGCGUUGCACCCAACGAGCAGGUCAUUCUGGGCGGUCACGAUUGGGGUGGUGCCAUGGUCUACCGCGUCGCUCUGUGGCAUCCAGACGUUUUCAAGGGGAUCUUCAGCGUCUGCACACCAUACUUCCCACCCGUCACGGAAUACGUCGACCUUGGGGAUCAGAUUGCGGCCGGGAUAACGCCCACCUUCGGGUACCAACUGCAGCUGCGCAAGCCGUGGACCGAUCUCCGACUCCAAGGCGCGACCAAGAUACGGCAGAUGCUGACUGCGCUUUAUGGUGGUCGAACACCCGAAGGUGAAAUGGGAUUUGACUCAUAUACCGGGCUCAUCUGGGACAAUUUGCCGGAUCUUGGGCCUUCACCACUGGUACCAGAGCAAAUCAUGGAGUACUAUGUUGACGAAUACCUCGAAAACACGGUCCGCGGUCCCCUCAACUGGUAUCGGACAGCAAAGAUCAAUUUCUACGAAGAACUUUCUCUGGCGCGAUCCGGGGAAUUCAAUUUCACAAUGCCGGGUUUGUACAUCGGGGCGACCCAGGAUACGGCACUGCCACCAGAGAUGUCGGUUGGUAUGGAGGACUACUUUGAACAAGGCCUCACUCGCGGCGAAGUGGUGUCGUCCCAUUGGGCGCUGUGGCAGGCUGCUCAGAACGUGAGCCAGAUCAUCGGCGACUGGGCAUCGACUCUGCAAUAG